AUUAAUUAUUAUUUUCCUCGUGCAAACUCCCUUUCAUCAGCUAGUUAACAGCUAAACAUGCCGGCAGCGGACCAUACAACUCUAUUUAGAUCCAUAUUAACCACCCAACAAUCAUCUCGCCCAGAAUCGGCCCGUUCAAAGUCUCCGGCACCAAUCUCCCGAAAGGGCAAAGCGAAGGAAGGGGAAGAUGAAGCGGAGUUUUUAAAGGAAGCUUACCGGAUACAUACGCAUCUCAGAUCACUACAGCAGCUCUUGACUUCGGUUCGCAAGGCGUAUCUCUCUACAGUUGAGCCUCCUCCCCUUUCUCGACGUCCGAAAGAGCCUCGAAUAGAUGUCAAUGGGACCACAAAAGAAGAGGAGCAGUGGGCUAGAUGGGAAAAAGUCAAAUAUUUGACUGACAAGGAGAGAGAUGAGAUUGAUCUAAGAGCGAGAAUGAUUCUGAGAAGAUGCCAGGAGCGAGUUGGAAUUCUAGAAAUGACAGAGCAGAAGCGUAAAUCAAAGGCCGUUUCCUCGACGAAGCCAGCUUCAACACUUUUAGCACUACUUCCCUCCCUCGCACCCGCAUCUAUAUCAGCCAUUGAGCCUAUCUUAUCCGCUCAUCACGCUUCCAUUCUUUGGACUCUGAACGAUUUCCUCGCGAGGCUCACCGGCUCAGUCAGCGACCUUCAGAAUGAACGAGUCAAACGUCGAGAAGAACGUAGCAGGACCCUUGGUGCGGGUGCUACACUUGAAGCUCAGCGACUAGGUCUGGCAUCUCAAGCUGCGAAACGAAGUAUCCCCGAAGGGGUAGUCACCGACGUUCACGACCCGGCGUUUAGCCAUACAUUUGCCAGUGAUCCUGAAGACCCACAUCUAAACCAGGGUUUGGGUAUUAUCGAUCCGUCAGCUCCCCCUAUUGAGCAGGUCUUAUCGCAAGAGCAGAUACGAGCGUUCGAAUCGGAGAAUGACGCGCUGUUAGAACACAUGUCUUCCACCCUCUCGUCUGUUCUUUCAGCUGAAGCAUCACUGCUCGAGAUCUCCCAACUCCAGUCGGAGCUGGUCAGACAUCUCGCUCAGCAGACCGAAAUGGUUGAGCAAUUGUAUGAAGACGCAGUGGGUAGUGUGGCAGAAGUCAAGAGGGCAAAUGAGCAAUUAACAAAGGCCAGGGAAAGAGGUAAAGACGGAAGGCUGUUCUUGUUGAUAUUCAUUCUUGGCGCCAGUUUCAGUCUACUGUUCUUAGAUUGGUAUGCUGCGUAGGUAUACAGAUGUCUAUAGCACAUUAUAUGUUACAGAUUUGUUACA